AUGAGUGAUGUUAAUCAACUGCAAAUGACUGCCAAACGAUUUGCACAAACAGCUGGAGCUUACUUUUUCGUAAUUAAUGGUGGCUAUAUGAGUAUGCAUAUGAAGAAAAUACGCGAGACACUACAUUUUAUGUGGAGCAAAUUUUUAAUUUACAAUAUUUAUCUCCUAACGGAGGAAGGUGUUUUUACUUAUGACCCUUUUGCCAUAAGUGUUGCGGGUAAAAAAUAUGGAAAAGUCAUUAAAUACUUAGGCAUCUAUUCUAUGGAACAAAUUUUGUUUCAUAACAUGCGUGGCUACCCAUUGAGAGUGCAGAUGUUUAAAUCGACAUAUUCGCAUCCCAUAAUCGAUGGACAAACCAAUAGUAUAAAAGGAUUUAAAGGAGUAGACGGCAGAGUAGCAUCUCUGUUGCAGCAAUAUUUAAAUUUUACUUUGAUUUUACAAGAACCUGAUCCGAACUAUUUUGGAUCACGUUUGUCUAACGGUAGUUUUAAUGGCGCAAUUGGUUCUGCCAUUAAUAAACAACUGGAUAUUUGUUUUACUGGUUUCUUUAUAAAGGAUUAUUUAACAACUGGAAUUGCAUUUUCCGUUGCCGUAUACGAUGACAAAUUGUGCAUCUAUACUCAAAAGGCUAAACAAAUUUCGAAUUCAGUUUCGCCUCUUUUUUCGUUAAACUAUAAAGUAUGGAUAUGUUUCAUACUGACGGCAUUUGUUUGUUCCGUAAUAUGGUUUAUUUUGCGAACUUUAAAUAUAUGGCUAAAAAUCACACCCGACAGCUCAAGUGGGCGAUCUCUUAAAACGUAUACGAAUUUAUCGUCGAUAACAACAAGUAAGCAAAUAUCAAUGGAUACAAUUGAAAGUUGGUUGAGAAAACCAUUGCUUAAUGUUAAACAUCUACAUUUAAAACUACGGUUCAAUAAUUUUCAUCAAGAUGUUGAAAAUUCAUAUACGCAAUGGUUUCUGCAACAAACACUUGUUCCCAUUACAAUCUGCAAAUAUGAGUUGAUCAAAAAUAAAACGAAUACAAUGACUACCGAUCAUAGUCGACAUAAUUACGUUAUAACAACUAGUAUGAGUGAUUUGCGUUUAACAGCACGCCAGUUCGGAAAAAGGGCUGGCAUCUUCUUUUUUAUUGUCAAUGGGGUUAUAGAUUUUAAGGAACUACACAACAUUUUCUACUUGGGUUGGAAACGCUUGUACAUAUUUAAGAAUUUUGUUCUAACAGAUAAAGGAGUUUUAAUGUAUGAUCCUUUCGCUUUGGACAAAUAUGGAAACUAUGGAAAAAUAAUUAAAUAUACUGGUAAAGCUACUAUUGAACGUACUAUAUUUUAUAACAUGAGAGGUUAUCCGUUACGAGUACAACUUUUUAAAUCGGUAUAUUCAAAGCCCAAAGUAGAUCCUAUAACAAAUAAAGUCGAAAGUGUUUAUGGAGUUGAUGGUAGAGUUGCAAAUUUGCUGCAGAAACAUAUGAACUUUACCAUGGAUUUACAAAGCCCAGAUAGAAAUUAUUUCGGACAACGCAGUCCAAAUGGUACUUAUAAUGGUGUUAUCGGGUCAAUAGUCAACAACGAAUUGGACUUAUGCGUGACAGGAUUUUUUGUUAAGGAUUACAUGGUACCAGAAAUGGAUUUCUCCGUAGCAGUUUAUGAUGAUCAACUUUGUAUUUAUACACCAAAAGCCAAAAAAAUACCUGAAUCCAUUUUGCCAAUAUUUGCAGUUCGAUACGAUCUUUGGAUCGGUUUCAUUUUUAUGGCAUUUGUAUGUUCCUUUUUUUGGGCUUUGCUAAGAGUGUUUAAUUUGCAUCUAAAUACAAUUCAAAUACGGGGAAGCCGCUUACGGAAAAGUUUUCGUUGGCAAUGUGUACGAAUACUUAUUGAUACGUGGGUAGUAUGGGUGAGAGUGAAUAUAACACAAUAUCCUCCAUUUAAUUCAGAGCGAGUGUUUAUCGCUUCCCUGUGCUUGAUAAGUGUAAUAUUUGGAGCCAUAUUUGAAUCAAGCUUAGCUACUGUUUACAUACAUCCGAUAUAUUACAAUGAUAUACAUACCCUUCAGGAAUUGGAUGAUAGUGGUCUUAAUGUAGUGUACAAAUAUUCUUCGAUGGGUGACGACUUGUUUUUCAGUGAAACUUCUCCGCUGUUUGCAAGUUUAAAUAAAAAAUUACGCUUUAUAAACGAUCUGUAUACAGACAUUGUUGAGGAUGUUGCAAUUAAUGGUGGCAAAGCAGGUGUCACAAGAUAUACAACCCUAAUGAUGCAGUCUUUACACUUUAUUGUGUCAAAACAAUUAUGGAUUGUACCAGAAUGCCCUAAAUAUUAUGCCAUAUCGUAUGUUUGGCCUAAAGAUGCACCUUGGGAUGAAACCAUAAAUCGCUUAUUAUUACGAAUACAAAAUGCUGGUCUAAUCAAUAAAUUUAUUGCAGAAAUGCAAACCGAUGUCGAUAUAAAAAUUAUGAAGGAUCAUCUGUAUGAAAAACACCAAGGAUAUAAAGUUUUAACUAUAGAGGAUUUACAACUUGCAUUUUAUGUUGUCUUAACUGGCUCCUUAAUGGCCCUAAUAUCAUUACUAAUUGAAAAACUUCUAGCACCUCGCAAACACAAAUAA